AUGGUCAAAGACACAAAGUUCUACGACCUCCUGGGGGUAGCGCCAGACUGCUCCGAGUCCCAACUAAAGACCGCGUACAAGAAGGGAGCACUCAAGUGGCAUCCCGAUAAGAAUGCCCACAACCCCGAGGCAGCCGACAAGUUCAAGGACCUCUCACACGCAUACGAAGUUCUGUCAGACCCGCAGAAGCGCCAAAUAUAUGACCAAUAUGGCGAGGAAGGCCUCGAACAAGGUGGCAUGGGAGGAGGCGGUGGCAUGGCUGCUGAGGACCUGUUUGCGCAGUUCUUCGGCGGCGGCGGCGGCCCCUUUGGCGGCAUGUUCGGCGGUGGCAUGGGUGGAGGACGGGAACAAGGCCCCAAGAAGGCACGAACCAUCUCCCACGUCCACAAGGUAUCGCUCGAGGAUGUCUACCGCGGCAAGGUUUCCAAGCUCGCUCUUCAGAAAUCCGUCAUCUGCCCCAAGUGCCACGGAGUUGGCGGCAAGGACGGUGCUGUUAAGAAGUGCGCUGGCUGUGACGGCCGCGGUAUGAAGCACAUGAUGCGCCAAAUGGGUCCCAUGAUCCAGCGCUUCCAAACCGUCUGCCCAGACUGCCAGGGCGAAGGAGAAAUCAUCCGCGACAAGGACCGAUGCAAGCAAUGCAAUGGCAAGAAGACCAUCAUCGAGCGGAAAGUCCUCCAUGUACACGUCGACCGCGGUGUCAAGUCUGGCCACAAGAUCGAGUUCCGCGGCGAGGGUGACCAACUCCCCGGCGUAGAACCGGGUGACGUAGUCUUCGAAAUCGAACAAAAGCCACACGCGCGCUUCCAACGCAAAGACGACGACCUCUUCUACCACGCCGAGAUCGACCUCCUGACCGCCCUCGCCGGUGGCCAAAUCCACAUUGAGCACCUAGACGAACGCUGGUUAACCGUCGACAUCAUCCCGGGUGAAUGCAUUUCCCCCGGCCAAGUCAAGGUCAUCCGUGGCCAGGGUAUGCCAUCAUACCGCCACCACGACUUUGGCAACUUGUACAUUCAAUUCGACGUCAAGUUCCCUGAGCGCCUUGGUAACAACGAGGAUGGAGGCCCCAUGAGCCCGGAGCAGAUCCGUGCCUUGGAAUCUGUCUUGCCGCCGCGCAAGGUCCCGGAGAGUAUGCCGCCUGCUGAUGCCAUGACGGAGGACUUUACCCUCGAGGAUGUUGACCCGAGUGGCGAGCAGCAGCGUGCGAGGGGCAUGGGUGGCAUGGAUGAUGAGGACGAUGACAUGCAUCCGGGUGCUGAGCGCGUGCAGUGUGCAUCUCAGUAA